AUGCCAAAAAGCGCAUGGGAUUCAAAUGGUCUUUAUCCAGAGACAGAUGAUGAAUUAUUCUCAGAAGAUUUUACAGAGUGUGAAGAGUUUGUGAAAGCUGGUGCAAGUCAAGCUGAAACAGUAUCGGACCUGGUUUCAUCAUGUGACAUCACAUUCUCUAUGGUAUCAGAUUCAGAAGCAGUCAGAGCGAUUGUAUUUGGUGAGAAUGGUGUAUUAGAUGGUAUCAGUGACGGUAAAGCAUUUGUGGACAUGUCAACAGUAGAUAUUGGUACAGUGACAGGAGUUGCAGAAGCUGUUCAAGCACGGGAUGGCCGGUUCUUAGAGGCACCGGUCUGUGGUAGCGUCCAACCAGCCAUGGAAGGUUCCCUCAUCAUCAUUGCAGCUGGAGAUAAAGAACUCUUUGACGAGUGUGAAUCAUGUUUUCAAUCUAUGGGAAAGAAAGCAUUCUAUCUUAUUGACACAGGUAAUGCAGCUCGGAUGAAACUGGUCAUCAACAUGAUCAUAGGCAGCGUCAUGUGCAGCUUUGCAGAAGGAAUGGCCCUUGCUGAUAAGUCAGGCCUCAGUCAAAGCGUUCUUCUCGACAUUCUCAAUCUUGGAUCAAUCGCCAACCCUCUUAUUAGUGGAAAAGGAAAAGCAAUCCUCGCCAACAAGUACCCACCGGCUUUCCCUCUGAAAUACCAACAGAAAGAUCUGAAGCUUGCACUAGCUAUGUCAGAGCAGGUUGAUCAACCCUUACCAGUCUCAUCAGCAGUUAAUGAGCAAUACAAGAGAGCAAAGAAUAUGGGUCUAGGAGACAAGGACACAUCGGCCAUCUACAAAUCAUUAACCCACUAAGAGACUGGAUGCACAAGACUAGCUCUGUGCUUUCUCAUAUUCCAAAAUCCUUGGCACAUGUUCCACCCAUCGCCCUCGCCUCCCUCUGUAAGAUCAAGUCUAUGGGGAAAAGCAGUGCUGAGCCGUCAAAGGUUGAAGAUAACUCGUUUGUGGAUCGAUUGCAAGAAGAGCUGCUAUUGCCCAAUGGGAGUAGGGCAAAAAUGUGUCACUGGGAUUAUCCUUUCCAAUCGGAGCUUUAAUUGCGAGGGAGAUUUUUUUUAAUGAACAAUGUUAGGUAUCAGGUCCCCAAUCAUGAAGUGUUGUGUCAGUGAUUUUUACUGAUAAAUUUGCUUUAAGCCAAUCACAAACAUAGAUUUCAGCAGCUUAUAAUGAUUGUCAAUGUAAAUCAAUGACAAAUAGCUUAGUGAAAUACUCCUGUCAAUCUCUUAACGUCUUUUUUAAUGAAAUGUUUUUAAAAUUAUUUAUCAUGACCCUUUGAUAAACCUUGAGAUUUUAAUAGCCCUGUUUGCUUGAACACAAUCAUCCAUUUUUAUUGGAAAAUUAAUACAUUUGAACAUUUGAAUUGUUUUUAUAUUCAAAUGUGAUGAUCCAGUAUUUUUGUCUAGUAUUUAUUUUCCUGAGAAAGAUCAAUGUUGUCGGUAAUUACUGCUUCGAUUAUACAGAUAAUAACUCUUGAAAGGCACGCUCCUUACCAGUGAUGAAGGGGGCGGGGAAGGGUUGCAGCCCUUUGUAUGUGUACAGCAUUCUCUGUAUAGUUCAAUGUUUUUUAAUAGAAGCACUUUUUCAAGAAGAAAAAGGGCAGUUGUUUCAUUUGUAUGUAGGAAAACAAAAUCUCCAUCCCUUCUCCUUGGCGCCUUUUGUACAAAUGCAAUUCAAAUGGAGAAUUUAAUAUUUGUGUGAAUAUAUGAAUGCUUGUAAUGAUUAUCGCCCAUGAGUUUAUUCCAUGGGAUAGUAUUAUGUGUGGUUAUGUUGACAAGUUCCAGAGCUUUGUGUUGCCACUUUCUUUAUAAAAGUUCCUGUUGCUGAAAUGAACUUAGGUAAUUGCCAACAAUUUUCCACAAUAGUGUUCUCUGAUUUAAAUUGGGCAAUGCCAUUGAAUAAAAAAAAGAAGAAACUUAUGCGCAUCUGGAGAGUGUUUCAUCAACAUCUUCGUCUGACAAGUUGUCAGAACAGGGGAGCAUUUCAUGGACAUUUGGUGUCCAACAACUGGUCAGAUCUGACGACUUUCCUUGAAUAUGAUUGACUGAGAAGCACUAUUACUAUCGCGACUGUCGGAUAAAACAAACUUGUUGGAUGAAAUGUCCGACAAGUCCUUUCAUGGAAUGCUCCCCUGACAUCUUUCCUUGAUUUUGAUUGGCUUCUGAGAUGUACUGUUACUAUGGUAACUGUCGGAUAAAACAGAACAUGUUGGAUAUGAUGCCCGACAAGUCCUUUCAUGAAACCAUGACCCCAUUUGUACCUCACUAAUGUGUUUGGGCCAUCAUAAUUUAACGUCUUCACAUAUGAACUCAAAGUGAAACCAAUCAAUUGAAUGAAGCAGUCUCUGACAGUACAAGCAAGAUGCCCUUUCGUUCCAUAAUGUAAGAUAAAAUUGUUAAUAAAAAACUAUGAGUAAUCAUUAAUACCCCUUAACAAAUUUAUAUUCUUUGAACAUCUCAAAGUGUACCAAUCACUGAACAUUGUAGUUCUAUUUGUUACAGGUUCCAUUUCAAUAUAUUGUAUUCAAAUCAUGCUCUUCAAAUACAUUAAUUACAUUCUUUAUAAGCAUCAAUCAUUCUAUGAAGUAUGUAGAUGAAUGAAUGCGUCUUGUCAAUGUAAUGCUUUGUGAAGAAUCCGGUUCUGAUUUCAGUUCCACGAGAGUACUGAAAUUUGUUCUCUUAAAACCAAUGACCUCAAGAAACAAUUUUCAUUUCGUGGUUAGUACGCUUUUUAGAUGAAUAUAUUGAAAUCACAAUCUUUCUUCAUUUAGUAUUCCACUUCCUGGAGGAAGGGGGGGGGGGGUAUUUUUAAGAUUUUUUCAAACAUAUUGUAUACUGCCGGCGUCAGCACACAAUGAGUAUUGUCUUUUAUCACACAUGUCAGGAGUGUUUCUACACUUCCCGACUCUUUGAAAAUGAGAUGGAUCUGGAUCACCCCUUUCAGGCAAAGUCACAAGGAUCUUUUCAUUUUGAUGUACAUGUAUACGCCAAAACAAGAUUUGAGAUUCAACGCUUGAUUCAUGUAUUCAACACUUGACCAGCCUAGCUAUCAUUAUUAGGUAGCGUUAGAUUUGUAAUGCAAUUUCUGUGAUGCAGAACCUUUCUAGUAUGUCUAGUAUUGUCUUAUCGCAGGAUGUGUUUGCAAAUUUGCUUUAGCUUUUGUGAUGAUACAACUUUAGAAAGUAGCACCAUAAUGUUAGGUGUGUUGGAGGGAAGCAGUGCUUAACUAUUAGGUGAUUUCAAGUCCGAUGUUGGUGUUAGAUGCACAAUUUGGAUUAUGUUUCCUAGCUCCAAAACAUGAUACCGAUCACAGUAUUAAAUAAUGGCUAAACACCUAGUGAGUGACUUUACCGGACCAAAUUCAUUUUGUUUGGUCCUAUGCUCAUGUAAAAAUUAAUCUAACACCAACACCAAAAGGUGAACACUGAACUUGAAAUCACCCAUUGUGUUACAUAGGUGUAUGCACUUAUUUGGAGCUGUACUCAGUAGACUCCAAGUGACAUAAAACAACCAUCCAGGAUGAGCAUCUCUUGGAAUUGCAUUGCAUAUUUAGGAUGGUGAUAAAUUUAAAAGACCUAUUGUGACAUAAUGCAUUUCUCAUGUAUGCUCCUAGCAAAAAUACUUUGAUCAUUACUAAGCCUUACAGAAGUUUUAUCAUGUUAAAUGCUCCCUAUUGUGAUGGUUGGGUGAGCACAAUUUGAAGGGGAAAAAAUAAGCUAUUACAGAGCUCUGUUAGCACAACAUAUUUAUUCAAAGAUCUUUUCCCCAAAACAUGAAUUGCUAAUACAGACUAAAUAUAGUACUUGUGACAAUUUUUUUUCUGAAAGGUUUUCUUCCUCAUCUCAUUUUCAUAGAAUUAGGAAGUGUAGGAAUUCUCUUGUUAAUUUACAAUUUGCAUUUAUUAUCCUGAUAUUUGUCAAUCUUUUCAACUCUGUAUUGUUUUAUUAUAUUUGUUUUGUACUUUUGUCUGGAAUUAAACAUUUUAGCGCAUUAGUUUUUAAAUAAAA